GUGGACCGCACGGAGCGUGAAGUCGGCAUCCGGCCUCCUGCAUCGGAAGUGAGCGGUGUGCGCCGGAAGCAGCUUCAGCGGCAACCGCGUGGAGGAGCAGGCAGCAUGGGGCAGUCGGGGCGGUCCCGGCACCAGAGGCGCGCGCGCGCCCAGGCCCAGCUCCGCAACCUCGAGGCCUACGCCGCCCAGCCGCACUCGUUCGUGUUCACGCGAGGCCGGGCGGGUCGCAGUGUCCAGCAGCUCAGCCUGGAUGUGCGGCGGGUCAUGGAGCCGCUCACCGCCACCCGCCUGCAGGUUCGAAAGAAGAACUCCCUGAAGGACUGUGUGGCAGUGGCCGGCCCCCUCGGGGUCACGCACUUCCUCAUCUUGAGCAAAACAGACAGCAGUGUGUACUUGAAGCUGAUGCGUCUCCCAGGAGGCCCCACUUUGACCUUCCAGAUCAACAAGUACACACUGGUACGGGAUGUUGUCUCUUCCCUGCGCCGACACCGGAUGCAUGAGCAGCAGUUUAACCACCCACCUCUCCUGGUGCUCAACAGCUUUGGCCCGCAGGGCAUGCACAUCAAGCUCAUGGCCACCAUGUUCCAGAACCUGUUUCCAUCCAUCAACGUGCACACGGUGAACCUUAACACCAUUAAGCGCUGCCUCCUCAUCAACUACAACCCGGACUCCCAAGAGCUGGACUUCCGGCACUACAGCAUCAAAGUGGUGCCUGUGGGUGCAAGCCGGGGCAUGAAGAAGCUCCUGCAGGAGAGGUUUCCCAACAUGAGCCGACUGCAGGAUAUCAGUGAGCUGCUGGCCACGGGUGCGGGACUGUCAGAGAGUGAGGUGGAGCCAGAUGGCGAGCACAAUAUCACCGAACUGCCCCAGGCUGUGGCCGGCCGCGGCAACAUGCAGGCCCAGCAGAGUGCCAUCCGACUGACAGAGAUUGGGCCCCGGAUGACCCUGCAGCUCAUUAAGAUCCAGGAGGGGGUUGGGACCGGCAACGUCCUCUUCCACAGUUUUGUGCACAAGACCGAGGAGGAGCUGCAGGCCAUCUUGGCAGCAAAGGAGGAGAAGCUGCGGCUCAAGGCCCAACGGCAGAACCAGCAGGCUGAGAACUUGGAGCGGAAGCGGGAACUGCGCGAGGCCCACAAGAAGAAGAGCCUGGCAGGCAUGAAGCGAGCCCGUGCAGGGGCCGAUGGUGACAGCGAUGCUGAGGACCCUGGGCCACCUCCAGAGGCAGUGGGGGCAAGCCAGGUUGAGGAGGAGGAGGAUGACGCUGAGUACUUUCGCCAAGCUGUGGGCGAGGAGCCUGACGAGGACAUGUUUCCCAGAGUGGCCAAGCGGAGACGGCAGGGAGUGCCUCCAGGCAGGAAGCGGGGAGGAAAGGUGCAGAGGCCUGACUCAGGCCGAGGUACCGAGCUCUCCUGCCCAGAAAGUUUUGUGGAGGCUGCUGAGCAGGAGUACAGGGGCUUUCAGGAGGGCUACCUCUGGGCCAUCCUGAUGGCAGAGUUCCUGGUGGCAGCAGGGGGCAAUGGCCUGGCCCUGUACCGCUUUAUCACCCAAGAGCAGAGGCCCUGGCACCCAGCUGUGGUCUUCUCUGCACAGCUGGCAGUCAGCAACCUGUGCUAUGCACUCACACUGCCGCCUCUGGCCGCCUACUUCUACCCACCCAAAAACUGGAGCUUCGGGGAGGUCGCCUGCCGCCUGGAGCGCUUUGUCUUCACCUGCAACCUGCUGGGUGGUAUCAUCUUCAUCACCUGCAUCAGCCUCAGCAGAUACAUGGUGGUGGUGCACCCUUUCUUUACACGGAAACACCUGCGACCCAAGCAUGCCUGGGCUGUCAGUGCUGCCUGCUGGGCCCUGGCCAUUCUGAUGGCUGCCCCCAUGCUCGGCUUCUCCCACCAGAACAAGCCCCAGCAAGGCCCUGGGAAAUGCAGCACAGCGAGUCCUGAGUCCUGUGUCAAGUGCCUGGGGAAGAUGGAGGACAGCCAGCUAGGAACCUUCAGAACCUACAGCCUGGUGCUGGCAUGCCUGGGUGGCAUCCUGCCUCUGCUGCUCACACUCAUGGCCUACAUUGCCCUAGGGUCAGUGGUGCUGCGCAGCCAGGGCAUGACCACAGCCCAGAAGGUGCAUGUGGUAGUGCUGGUGACCAGUGGUGUGGCUCUGUACGCCUGCUCCUAUGCACCCUACCACAUCACACAAGCGUUCUAUGUGGAUGCCAUGUUGCACUGGAUGGCUCGCUGCCCCAGCUUCAACAAUGAGAAAGAGGCUGCAGAAGCGGUAGACCUGGGGGCCUUCUUUGGCUACCAGACAACACGCAUCCUCGUGCCCCUGGCCACGUGCAUGCACCCCCUGCUCUACAUGGCCGUGGCACCCAGCCUGCGCUGCCACCCAUGCCGCCGAAACCCUGACCAGGACCUGCCUCUAGCAGGUACAACCACUCCCCAAGGCCAGCUGAGCCCAUGACCUGAUCUAGCUGAA